AUGGUCGCGGACGCUCUCGUCUACCACCCCUCGGUGGCUCAUUAUCUCCGCUUCGUCGCAACCACAGUCGGCCGCGACAAAGUCCUCCGAACAAUUCAAUACUUCGCUCGUUUCUACGCCUGGUACCUCUUCCGCACCAACAAGCCGCAAUCCGCCAUCGCGCCGUGGGACCUCCUCAAGAAACACUUUAGCCUGACGCGCAAAAUCCUGCGCGCUGGCAAGUUCGCCGAGCAUAUCAAAGCCGCCUCGGUCGCAUACGACAACAAGAGUGCCUCUGCGGACCCCGUAUUGAAGAAUCUGACUGUCGGCCGCCAGCUGGGUUAUGCGGGUUACUUGACGCUGGAUUCGAUUACGUUGGUGGAUACGUUGGGGUUCCAGAAGUUUGAGAGCGCGAAGAAGCUGCAGGAGUAUUCUACGCGGGCGUGGCUGUCGGGCCUGGUCUGCAGUGUGGCUGCUGGGGUGUAUACGCUGUAUCGGCUGCAGGAGAGGGAGAAGGGGAUUGAUAGGAAGGAGGGGGAGGGCGUUGUGGAGGCUAAAAAGAUUGAGCGUGAGCGUGUCGCGGCGCGCAUCCAGCUCGUGUCUGACCUCUGCGAUCUGACCAUCCCUGUGUCGACUCUGGGAUACGUCAAGCUCGACGACGGUCUGGUCGGUAUUGCUGGAACCGUCAGUUCAUUGAUCGGAGUGUGGUCCUCCUGGAAGAAGACUGCUUGA